CAAGGUUGCAAAUAGGAAGCUCCAUGCCAUGAACAACUGUACUGACAAAGUUCUUCACAGUGUUCCUCACGGCACACAGCAAGGACAGAACAUUCAAGGGCACCGAUCUCUUUGUCAACGCAAGAUCUCCAUGCCACGGAAGUGGAACGCCUGAUCCGAUAUUUGCGCCUCAUAUCCUACCUUUGCGCAGGGCUGCACGCGGGUGGCGAAACAGCUCUUUAACAAGUAUUUUUGCUCAUUGGAAUGGACAGAGGUUUGGGAAUGGAAGCUGGUGAGGCGGCAGCCUACAUAAAGGUGCACCAGGUGCGAUCAGACCGAGAAUGGCAAAAAAGUAGCGGCUUGACCAGAGAAUGCCGUGACGUUCCAGAAGUACAGGGUAUUCCCAUUCCUAAGCAGCCAAGGGUGCGAUGGGAUCGAUUGUUGCAAACUCUGAUGGCAUUCUUGUUGGUAAUCUCGCCGUUGAUUUUUCGAGGACACCUCAAGGAACGGCAGUUCAUCUCAGCUGACAAGAUCGCAGUAGAUGCCUCCAACUGCCACAUUCUUGUUCAAGAUGGCGACUCUGCGGGCUUAAGAGUGCAGCAUUGGAUGUUCAUGGGCACUGUAGAGCAACGAUGGUCCAAGGGCACUUUGCGCGUUGCAGCUGCCAUGCAACCAUGGAUGUCAUCUUGGUUUCGAUGCAGCAUGAUGGUCAUAGCACCCUCCAAUUUCAGCAACACUCAUAGAGUCAAGGACCUUAAGGAGCUGAAUGUGACAGUGUCGAAUGGGCAACUCCCCGUGGCUGUUUUGUUGCAAGGGGGGCGGGUGCAGGGCCCGAUCCAAAUCUAUGCCAAGACCGCUGCCGUCAUUAAUGCAACAGGCAUCCAAAGCUCAGGCGCCAUCCGCAUCCGAAGCCGUGACCCAGGCUUGAUACAGCUCAGGAUUGGUGAAAGUUUGGCCGCCAGCUGGGACAUUUCCGGUGCCAGCCCUGUCUUCAUCCAGUCGGCAGUGCCGGUCGAGAUCAAAACAAGUGGGAAGCUGGGAAUACUCCAGGCACCCAAAAUAGAGGACGAGUCUUCACAUGUAAAGCUGUGUUCUGCGAGGAUGGCGAGCAAUCAGACCUUGUCCAUUACCAGCCGAAGGCUAGAUGGUGAUUCAGGUGACCCCUUCGACUGUGAGAAUGCACAGAUAAUUCAGUUUAAUGCAACAGCAGACGCAACCGUUCAUGCCAAAAUUCCUUGCAGUGAAACUCCAUGCCAAAUGAAGGCAACCUCUCAGGAUUUGCAACUCACACCGACAGCAAGGGAAGCCCUACUGGAGGUGCACGAUUUUAUAGAGAAACAAACUAGUGGUCGCCGGCCGUGGCUGGUAUCAAUUGGAAUUGGAGGGCUUGAUGAGCAAUGGGCUUUGGCUAGCACUGCAGCCUUCACCUACUUUGAUUCAUCAUGGUUCGCAGCGCUUUCAUUUGGGGUGCUGUCGCCAAUCACCAUGGGGCCUUUCUUGCACUUACAAGGGGACCUCACCAAUACAGCAGCUGAGGGGAGCAAAGACCUCGGAAUAAAGUCAUUGGUGCCGGAGGACGACCUUGAUGAGGCUUGUCCGUUUUGGCGGCGUAGCUUUCAGAUUGCAAAGUUGCUCUUGGAAGGCUUAGACUUGAAGCCUAGGCUUGAAGGAGUUGACUUGCAACUUAAGCAACACAACUGCAGACAUGGACUUUCGUUUCGAAAGCUUGGCAAGGGCAUUGUUGCGGACUGGAUUGCUAAGGGAUACCCAAUCAACAUUUGGGUAGCAAUGCUAAUGAACCUGUUUUGUGCUGCAAUUCUGGCCAUUGGUGUGGUUGCUGCCACACGGAACCUCAUUUUGCCCUUUAUGUACAAGCGGCUGUCAGAGAAGCUCCAGUCUGCUCGAGUUUCUCAACGUUUGCAAGUUGGAACUGUUGAGGAGACAGACAUCAAUGCACACUUUGUGCACUAUCCUGAGCGUGGUGUCCAAUUGACAUGGUCGAGGCGCCAAGCAGCCCAGGGUGCUUCCACAUACAUCAUCCGACUAGUUUCUCUCAGCGGGUCAUCUGAGGAGCGGUUGCAGGUGUCAGCAGGUGAGACGGAAGUGCAUGCAACAACCUACAGCUUUUUCCUUGCGUUGGAUCGUGCUCACAUUUUCUAUUCGAAGGAUGAUUUCACCUUCAGUGUGCUGGCCAUGUCCCGCGCCAUGCAGUCGAUGGAUGUCACUGGAUGGUCCAGCCCCGUGCGCAUUGAGCCAUUGUGGGCCACAGCACAUCUUCCUUUCAAAAUGCUUGUGUCUUUGAUGCCUAGGAGCGAAGAGACCAGAAUGAGCUUUCCGCUGUUUCUUCGCAGCGCUUGUUACAAGUAUACUCCGCCAGCGUUGACCCUGGCGCUGGACAAACUUCAUGUGAUUGCUGACAGAGAAGAUAUUGCUGAGGACUUCCGUGUCGAGCUUUUUCUGGGCAAGGCAAAAGAAAGGUCGCAGCGCGCUACUUGUGAGAAGAAAGAACAGUCGUUUGCAAUGUCCCGACUCAUGACUCGUGAUGAGAUGGCAUUGCCCAGUUCCGUUCCAAGAGCAAAAGGUUGGACAAAGGAAGAUUCUGAAGAUUUUUUUGGCAUCGACAUUCUUCCAGAUCAGCCAAUAAAGCUCACUCCACCAUUCCGCGAUGGCAUGCGCAGUGGUACAACACUGCACAUUCAUAUUGUGUCGGGCAGCUCUCGUCAGCUGCUCGCAACAGGCCACGCAGAGUGGAGUGACUUAGAGGAUGCCUAUGAGAGGACUCGUCCAGGUCUCGAAUUUACGACGCAGGUAGAUCUUGUGGACGUUGAAGGUGACUCUGUUGGGGUUCUGUGUUUGAGACCGGCUUUUUGCAGUGACAUGUUGGAGACACUGGGCAAAACGACUCCAGAACCAGGUUUGCGUAAGAAGGUGUGGUUCAAGGAUGAUGUUCCAGGCGACGUGUACCAGCAAGGUAUGGAUCGCUUUGUCAUUUGGGGCUCAGAGGAUGAUUUCGAAGAGUCGAUCGAGUUGUGUGACUUGUACCUGGAGCAAUCAAACCAGGCAGAGCAAAAAUUGAUCGUUGAGGAGGUGCGAUUUUCAUCUGAAACAUUCCCGUGGGUAGUGGAUGCUGAGUUCUUGGAUGUGCCGUUCGUUUGCUGCCGCAUUGUUAUGGUGAAGCAUGAUCCUGGAAGCGGAGAGAAAGAGUUUUUGUGUGCAUCCAACUGGUUCUUUGUCAUUCAAACCUUGACACUUAGACACCUGGAGCGCGCAUAUGGAGCCUUCUGCAGGAUGAACAACAUGGAAAUGGAUGGUGUGAGCUCUGUGAUGCUUGAGCAGGCUGGAAUCCAAUCAAGACCAGUGAGCGUCAGAGGUUGCUUAGGAUUGAGACGACCUUUUCCAUUUGAGGAGGCAGAAGAAGAUCUCAUCAAAUGCUCCGGAGGAUUGCUUUUGACAGGAAUCUCCCACACGGUACAAGCUUCUGGGAAUGCAAGUGAUGAUCGCUACCGGCUUCGAUCGCACAAAGCACUUCUGGUUGAAGGCCUUUGUUUGCUCAAGGGCCGCAGCUGCUGGUAUCAGAGCCAAAUGGUCUCCGAGGGACUUGACGGCUUCUUGUAUGCACACGAGACUCUGGAGAAUAUCGGGGCCACCUUUGCAACUUCUGCGGUGGAGAGCGCCUUCAACAUUUUCAUGUUCUCUUAUCAGCUGGUGUGGUUCUUGUCAUUUCCAGCACUGGCAGUAGUCUUCCUUCAAGUCUUGGACAGCUUCCGCAUUGAAGCAGCUGCGUCACAUCUUUUGCACACUUCUGAGCUUGCUGCUCAUGCUGAGGACAUCGGCCAGCUUCCGAGAGGAGCUACACUGCUUUGUGUCUCACACGUGUUGCUCUCACUUCUGUGCAUUAUUGCUGCCAACGCACUGCCUAGCAUGCCAGGCGCAAUACCACAUUUGGCAGACCGUGUGCUAUCACUUUUGUCAAUCUGUUCAGCUGUGCUCUCUCUUCUUUUGCUCUUCAUCAUGCUGCUUUUCUUUCUGAUCGGAGCUUUGCUCAGUCCGGCUGCAGCGCUGAAACCGUUGGUGAUCAUUGGUGCUUGCCUUGCAGUUGUUGUGAAUAUGUGGAUGCAGUUCUCAAGCCUUACUCGUGGAUUACUUCAGGUGGUCGAAAUCCAAGUCGACAGUGUCUUCACAAUCCUGCUCGAUAACAUGGUGGGGCGCUUAAAGGAUUACUCGCAGGCGUCUGCCUAUGACCAGACAGACUUGGAUUUUGCAUUUGAAAAGGCUGACAAUCGAUUUCGAGGCUUAAAUGCUGAAGGCAAGGUCAUCAAGCAAAUGCCCGGAUCGAGACAGGAAACACAAGACCUGUUCAAAUCUGUACAGGAAGAUGCUGAGUUCAUUCAACAGGUUCAAGAAGAUAUGGCCCCAAUCACAGGGCGAGGAAGGGACAAUGGCGAUCAAGGAGAAGUUGAUGUGUCCACCCAGCGUGCAAACCAACUCACCAAGCUAUAUCAGCAUUAUCUCGGCAAAACAAGCUUGGAGGAAGGGCUGGAAUGGCGCAUUUUUGAAGAAACGGAUGCUCUGACUGACAUCAUGCUAAGAGAACACAACAUGCGACUGCAGCUCCUGGACUUUGGUGGCAUAGCAUCAGCAGAUAAGGAGCCCACUCAGCAAGCUCAGCAAGCUGCAAAGGUGAAUGGUGUGAAUGGUCCGAAGUCCAAGCCUUUGCCGAAGGCUUACCUCAUCCACAAGUCCAUUUUUCGUGACAGCUUUGACCAUAUGGCUGAGAUGAUCGUGCAGUGGGUUGAUCCUCUAUUGCAGUGGGACAGCAUCGUUGAGAAGGUCACCAAUUUUUUCGAUGAUGCUGUGCCAAAGUUCAUUUGCAGCUGUGCCAUGUCUAGCUUUGAUGUCAACCGGAUGAACAGUGUGGCCCAGAAGGUUUUGGCAAAGGUUGCCCAUCAUGUUGAGGAAACCAUCAAGAAGGAACCAGCAAAGACCAUGAAACUCAGCGACCUCAUGGACGCGCUGAGAGACAAAGAUGGCUGGGCCUCAGGCUUGCUCUUCUCGGAUGGCGCAGACGUUCUGGAUAGAAAGCAAGCAUUGUCCUUUGUGCAGGAUCAAGUGAAGCAUGUGCUGCCCAACAACAAGACGACAAAUGCCAUACCAGUCUACAAACUGGUGCCUAUUUUUGAAGGGCUGCUUGAGGGGCGGGUAUGGUGGUCGGCCAUGAUUCCAUUCUUGAAAGAAGAAUGUGGCUUCGCGAGCGCUGAGAUUGACCUAGGAGAUCUUGCGGAAGGUUUCAAAACCACCUCCAAAGGCUGCGGCUUCAUGGAUUUUCAAGACAUCCCAGAUGUUCUCAUGUGGAUGACUGAUGGUGGUCUGUGGAAAGCUGCAGCUGUAGCUUUGCUUCGUGAGAUUGGUGUUGGAGGAGAGCUGGGCAACGAGAGGUUGGGCAAAGCAGAGGAUGAAGCAGCGCGUGUCGAUGAUGAAUGGGCCUGCCCGAAGUGGCCUGACUGGAUCCUGGAGCGUUGGCAGGAAGCUACUGAUGAAAAGCCUAAUCCAGGCCCAGGAGAGGCAUGUUUUUUGCAAAAGUCUGAUGUGCCAGGUUUGAUUGAAGAUCUACUUCUCCAGAUGGAUAAGGAUCACCUCAGAAACGAAAGUGACGUGCAGGACCUGGAGGCUUUGAGCGGCUGCCCGGACUGGAAAUACAAACCAAUGGACCAAGUGCAGGGGUGCCCAGCAGAGAUGUGGGUGUAUGUGGAUGAUACUCAUUUGGCCAAGCUCCGUGGUGUUCCGUGGGAAGCAUUUGACUUUCUGCUUGAGCAAUUCGAUAUGGAUAUGCCAGAGCCUGCGUCCCGGAAAAUCUUCAGCAGUGCAGACGCCUCAGCAGUGCGUGAAGGCUUCAUUCAGCCCCCUGAGGUGCUGAAGAUCAUUGAGCACAUACAAACAACAUAUCGCCCAAUCUCUUUGAGCGGCUUCCACAAGCUGCUCUCCAAAGCUGGCAUAACCCUACCCAAGCAGAUUGUUGACAGCCUGUUUGGCCAGCAAGAGGACAUCACCCUCAAGAUUGGGGAUUCGGACUUUCCUUGCCAAGAUCUGGUUGAUUUGGACAGGCUGGGGCCAGAUGUAGAGAAAUAUCUCUCUGGAGGCAUGUGGUUGGAAGCUGUCUACGGGGUUCUUCAGAACGAAGAGGUUGAAGCAAGUUUCAUUGAGGUGUCCAGGCAUUUUGCAGCUAUCGACAAGCAGGACUAUGGAGUCCUCAAGCCACGCGGGGUAAUCCAGCUGAUGAUGUCGCUCCAAAGAACGGGCAUCAGUUAUGAGACUUUUGCUGAGAUGAUUUCGAAGGACAUGCGCUUCACGGUCACCGACAGCCAACUGCGAAUAUUAUUCAACAUGAUUGACAAAUCAGGAAACGGCAGCCUUUCUAAGAUUGAAUUUAUGGAAGGCUUUGAAGAGUUGCUGCGACAGCUGGUGCCUCGGAUGAUUCUCAAAUCUUUGAUGGUGCUGCCAGAGCAGGUGGCCAGCCACAUCCUGAAUACCGUCGUUUUCCUUUUGUUACUUUUCGCAUUUGUGUUCACUUCCAUGGAAGCACUGGCACCUGCAUCCGAAAAUAUGGAUUUCAUGGGGGCAGUGCAGGCGGGUGUGGCUGGCAUGGCGGCCUUAGGGGUUCAGGCACGAAGCACCAGUGGCAUGGACGCUCAAAGCAUCAAGGAAGCGGUCUCAGUAAGGAUCAACGAGUUGCUACCAGGAGUGGCCCAAACGUCACUUCCAAAUUGACUGAACUUGAGGGAACAAAGGGUCCCAACGACAAUCACGAAUGAAUUAAUCCCACAAUGAAUAUCAAAAA